AUGUCGCUCUCUGGUCGCGAAGUCAAACAGGCACGCUUCAUCCUGCUGAAUCUUGCUCGCCUUUAUCCUCAGGCUCUUUUCUUCCCUUUGCGAACGACACGCGAAGAAGCCAUGCAGCGCAAAGCACUUUUCAUGCGUCAAACAGCAGGUCAAGUGAACAUGCAUGUGCCUCAGAGCGAAGAGACGCGGGCAGAGCUAAGUCAAAUAGCAUGGGUUCCACGCCAGAUCAUUUCUCCUCAAGCCAAUAAGCCAGUCAUGGGUAUUGUCCAAGACACGCUUUGCGGCAUUCGCAAAUUCACCCUCCGCGAUGCCUUCCUUGACUGGAACCAAGUUCAAAACAUCUUGCUCUGGGUUCCUGAUUGGGACGGACUUGUCCCAACUCCUGCAAUCCUCAAGCCCAAACCUCUCUGGUCCGGCAAGCAGAUUCUUAGUAUGGUCAUUCCUCGCGGUAUCAACAUCCUGCGUGGCGCUGAAGACAAGAGCAACAACCCCGUGUUCGACGAUGGCAUGUUGAUUGAAAACGGCGAGAUCAUAUUCGGAACCAUGGAGAAAAAGACUGUCGGUGCCUCGCAGGGUGGCUCGAGAGAAAGAGCCAGAGGCGACUCGGCAGCUGUUCACUGUAUCGGUAUUGGCGACACUAUCGCCGACAAAGGAACGAUGGAGUUCAUCACGAAAAAGAUCGCGGAAUGCAAAACUAAUGUCGUGAACAUCAUCGAGGAUGCCACACACGACAGGCUCAAGGCUGCCCUUGGUAUGGCGAUUCGACAGUAG